GCUGUUGCUGCGCCACAAAGGCGCUGUCCUCAGACUGGCUGGCUCGAAGACGGGCGUUCUCCCUCGUGGCGAGGCUGGUGGGAGUUUUGCGUUGUCAGAGAAAACAUUGAUCGCCCUCUAACCCUUCAGCUCCAAAGGCGCCUCCCACGUCCAUAUUCAGGAGGCUGCGAAUAAGGGCAGAAGAAUGUCGGAGACUUGCGCUUCCGUCUUCCGUCUUGGCCGCCUAUAUAGGGCAGGGGAUGCGAGUGAGGGAAGGAUUGUGGCCGGGAACAGGGGGAGUCUUUCUUCCUGGUUGAUAUUCACUGGGUCGAGCUCCCCUCUGCACCCACAUGGCGCAACGGCACCGGCGACCAUGGCUGAGGGAGAUGGCCUAGUUUCAGUAGAUUAUGAAGUAUUUGGGAAAGUCCAAGGGGUGUUUUUCCGCAAACAUACACAGGCUCAAGGAAAGAAGUUGGGUGUGGUAGGCUGGGUCCAGAAUACUGACUACGGUUCUGUGCGAGGGCAGAUCCAAGGCCCUACUGCUAAAGUGCGACAGCUUCAAGAAUGGCUUAAAAAGACAGGGAGUCCCAAGUCUGAAAUUGACAGAGCUGAAUUCCGCAAUGAGAAGAAGAUUGCUCGUUUAGAGCAUAGUGACUUUUGUAUUGUCAAAUAAGGCCCAGUGGGAGAAAGCAUUAUACUUACACAAAGUACCAUAGGUUUAUCUAGAAGAAAGUAGUCUUUAGUUUUCUAGUAUUUGUGUGCAAAUUUUCUCAAUAUUAAAUGUUUAUUAAUAUUGUUAUUAGAUUGCAUGUUCUCAUCUAUAGGCUGGUUUACUGACCUAAUGUCUUGACUACAAAUAUAUUAGCCUUUAAUGAAGAAAUUCCCUAUGUAUAUUAUGUCCAAAUGUAACCUUACUUUGUAACAGUGUUAUUUUGCACAUACAAGUGAGUUAGUGAUGUUUUUGUUCUUUUUAGUUCCCAUGCCAUAUAAAUUGUGCUUUAUACUGUA